GCCAUUGCGCGCACCCAUGUCCCAUCGACGCGACGGAGUUCGUGUGGAGAAGAACAAGAGCCUGCCCAUAAUAUAUACCAUUUGCUCAUAUUAAGGCUUAUCUUAGGCUAGAUCAAUUUAACGCUUUAUCCAAUAGAGAAACAGGAGAGACAUCGAUGCGCUUUGAUUUCCGUCUACGUAAGACGGUUCGGGACAGCGGCGUUCUGGUCCGAUUCAAACAGGUGGAACACGAAUCAGGUGGAGUUGGGAGGAGGAGGGUAUCACGACAGACCGGGCUGCUAUAGCCAUUCCUUCUAAUUAGUUGUGGACCCGUGCUAAAAUAUGCACUCCUUAUUCUAGCCUUACUUAACGUCAAAUAGGCUACCACGUUUUGUUGUAUCUGAUAUUCAAACGGCGAAUCUUUAUAGAUUGGAGACCUUUAACACACAGGUGGGAGAUACCCGUUUAAUAGGACGGCACCUCUUUCAGUUCCUCGGCGCAGGAUAUGAGCUACUGACAUUUGUUAUUACCCUUUGGGACAGGAGACGAACGGUUUCCGCUAACAGGUGUGAGAGUACACCAAUCGUUCAUUGCCUGAUACGGAAUCCUUCCUCAUUGUUCGCAGAAAUAUCAAUCUAACUCGUAUAUGGCUCCCUUUCUAACCAGGAGAGGGACAUUUAACCGUUAAUGGUAAUACAUCGAUAAAUCGAAUAAGAUAGUGCAUUAUUAGUGUUUGGAGUUAUUUUUGAGACCCCGUCCUCCAAUCUAAAGGGACACGGGACAUCAGAGAGAAAUCAUGUCAACGAAAAAACCCAGCGUGGAUUUACCCAAAAGGAGCAGAAGCCCGGUGGCGUUAGAAGGAGAGAUGUUCGGCGAAUUUCAGGACUGGUGUCUCCGUACUUACGGGGACUCGGGUAAAACAAAGACAGUCACCCAGCGAAAAUACAAUAAGAUUCUCCAGACCCUUUCACACACCGAUGAGUCGGACCCUGUCUACAUCGAGAGCAACCACAUCAACGCCAAAUUCAAAUUCUGGGUGAAGUCCAAAGGGUUCCUUGUUGGGACAAUUCAAGGGGACCUGAACAAGAAUGGAGCCGCCGACAGACCUGUCCUGUAUGUCCCUAUCAAGGCGACGUGUGCGGAUGGGGGUUCUGGGUCCGACUCCUCUCUGAAGAGGGUGGCAGUGGUGGAGGACUUCUUUGACAUCAUCUAUGCCAUGCACGUAGAUAUCAGCGCCGACCCUGGCAAAUCACCCAAACACGCCGGACAGAAGAAGACCUACAAAGCGAUUGCGGAGACGUAUGCCUUCCUGCCCAGGGAGGCAGUGACCCGUUUCCUGAUGAACUGUGGCGAGUGUCAGAAGAGGAUGCAUAUCAGCCCGGGUGGAGCAGAGUUCAAAGAGAAUGACAGACCGACAUCACUAGUGCCGGAUCUCAUCGACUACAACAUGCCGCUCACCACCACCUAUCUGAAGCAGAUGAAGCUUCAGUACAUGAGUACAAAUGAGCAGGAUGAGAGUUCAGUGAGCAGUGAGGACUUUGAUAUGACCGACCCCACAUGGAUAUCAGCUGAUCACGGCCCUGCUUCCAACCUGAGUCCCCCGAACCACGGAGAGAGAAUGCACAGCCCUCAGAACUCGCACAUUAAGGAGGAGGACGACGACUCAUCCUCAGAGAGCGGCAGCGGGAACGGCAUGCACACCAUGACACCUCCGUCCGCGGGUGGGGCGGCCCUGGGGUCGGAGGGGGGAGCGGGUGGACCCCCUUACAGGGAGAUGGUAAACGGCAACGGGCCCCCGGCCCCGCUGGACUUCAGCACCACCUCCUCGUCCUCAUCGUCCGAGGACCAACAGGCGCCGGUCAACCUGAGUGAGACCAGGCUGCCCGGGACUGCCCUGAUGGGCCCCUUCCAGCCCGACCCCCCAGAUGAGCUGCGCAGGAAGUACCCUGUCAAGCCCCUCCCCCAUGCCGCUGAGCUGCGCCUGGACAGAGACUCGAUCAGGGACUACGGCAACAAGUCUCCUCAGUACAGCUCAGGAAGCUACGACUCAUUGAAGAUGGAGACGUGUGCCGAGGACCUGACCGUGACCAGAAGUGCGGCGGCAGCCGAGGACGAUGACGAUGACCAUGAAGAUCACGACGACAAUGACAAGAUCAACGACACGGAGGGCGUGGACCCCGAGAGAUUAAAGGCCUUUAACAUGUUUGUGCGUCUGUUUGUGGAUGAGAACCUGGACCGCAUGGUGCCCAUCUCCAAGCAGCCAAAGGAGAAGAUCCAGGCCAUCAUUGAGUCGUGCAGCCGCCAGUUCCCCGAGUUCCAGGAGCGCGCUCGCAAACGCAUCCGCACCUACCUCAAAUCCUGCCGCCGCAUGAAGAAAAGCGGCAUGGAGACACGACCCACACCACCUCACCUCACCUCAGCCAUGGCUGAGAACAUCCUGGCAGCCGCCUGCGAGAGCGAGACACGCAAGGCUGCCAAGAGGAUGCGGCUGGAUGUCUACCAGGCACAUGAGGAGCAGAUAGCACUUGACAAGCCCAGUUCUCGCGAGCCGGCCUCCCUGGCCCACUCUGCCUACUCCCUGGCCGCCUCGGCCUACUCCCAGGACCAGCUCUACACCAACGGUGGGCUCAACAAUAGUUACCGUGGUUACGGGGGUCUGGGAGCUAGCAUGCAACACCCAGUCUCCCUGACAACCGCCACUGCUCAGAGCAACGGACCUACUGACCUCAGCAUGAAGUCCCUGGGGUCAAACUCUUCAUCGGCCAGCUCAAACAGUCACGGGCGGGGUGCUGGUGUCAUAGGUGGCGGGGCCUCGGCACAGCUCAGCCCAACAGAGAUCACGGCCGUGCGGCAGCUCAUUGCCGGCUACCGCGAGUCGGCCGCCUUCUUGCUCCGCUCGGCCGAUGAGCUGGAGACCCUGAUCCUGCAGCAAAACUGAGCCGGAAACUCCUCCUCCCCGUCUCCCUGCUUCUCCCUCUUUCUCUCUGACUCUCCCACACGACCCCUAACCAACUACUCUCCCACUCACCAGAUCCAUCUGUCUGUGUUUCGUCCUCCUCCACUGACCUGUAUAUUCUCCCCGUCUCCAGGAGGGAGGCAUGCAACAGUGCUACCUUUCUCUAGUCUAAUAUUCUAACCCCCCCCCUGAUUGUUUUAACAUCAGUGCGUGGAGAGAAAGAGCACUGUCUGCGACGACUUCGGAACAGCGUUUCUCCCCCUCUUGAACCACCUGUAAAGGAACAUGCUCUCUCCCAAUCAUAACAGCUCUGCCUCACUUCCACAGCUCUGUGGAAAGAAGAGGGGUGACAGGGAGAGAGCCGGAAAUUAGUCUACCAAGUGAUGUGCAGGAGAGUGGUGGGGCUGGAGCGCUGGAGAACACUGCAGGGUUGUGCUGUGAUGAGGAGAGAACAGCGCCCCCUUGUAUGAGGAAGAGAAGUGAAUCCUUUUGGUGUGCCAGUAAGCUCAAUGUGUUACUGUACACAGAUCCCCUCAACAAGCUCGCCAUCCCCAAUAACAAUGAAAACGAGACUCUCUGAACAGUAGUAACAAAAUGUUUGUUAAUGACAAAUACUUUUGAUUUGAGAUCUGAAUUAGUUUGUUUGACUAUAUGAAGAACCACUUUUUGGAUGAACAGAGGCUGAAGAAGGCUGGAAAGAAAGAGACAACUUGUUGCGCUCGGUGUAAAUAAACUCUGUGUCCUAAAGCACUUUCCCAUGAUUCAGACCUCACCUCCCCAUUGAGUAAUAAAGAACUCGAUGUGCCCGGGAGCAACACUUUAUCUUAUGCAUUAUGGAGAUGCCAUCUAUUCCACAUGGAAAUACCUCAGAUCUAUCAACCCACCGUUCGAGUACUUCAUUCCUACUGGGUGGCGACGUCACACAACGCUCAUCACACAACACUCACCCGUUACUACCUGAUGUGUUCCGUGUUUUCAUAGACCUGCAGGAAGCAAAGUCUUAACCAUUUCAAGAAGUUUCCAGAGUAAAUAUUGUAACUAUAGUUCGAAUUGAAAACAAACAAAAAAUGUAUUGUUUGUCCUGUUAUUUGUGUACUGUAAAUACUCAGUCCAUAUUUGAUUCUAGAAACACCAUGAAGAGAACAUGAAGAAGCAUCAGUAAAAUGAAGGACUGGGGGCAAGGUAGUAUUUUCCGUGAGAGACUGAACCUCUCUGACGAUAGCUGGUAGUUGUUUGUUUUUUUAGAGUUCCCCAUUUUUUCCAACCCUCUUGUGGCUCAUUGCUCUCCCAUCAAUUCCAGGUUUUGGUUUGUCCCGACUCAUCACUCGAUGAUACCCUGUCUUUUUCCGUGCCAGGUUCUGCAUUCCUCUCUCGAACCUAUCCCCCCAUCUCCUCCCUGGCCUGAGCCCAGUCCAGCUCGGUUCUGGGAGGGAUAACGUAUGUCUUUGUCUAUUGACUAUUUGAGAUGGCCAUUAAUCCACGCUGCUGCUAUAUGUACCGGACUUUUGCCACAGACCUGUAACCUCAAGUCAGGACGCCAUCCUCCUGCACAACCAGAGCACCUCAAGACAACCACACAAACAAAAAGAAGCUAAAACUACUCAAAACCGAUAAGAGACUAAAAUCUCACUUUUAAAAACGACAUGCCAUCCCAGUCAGUUGUUUCUCUCUGCUACUAGGCACUCUGGAUGAUCUUUUUGUUCUUUCAUAGGGCUGUGUUGUUUGUACAGUGACCUUUUUCCUUUUUUGCUUUCUUCAUGACUUUGAAUCUCUGGAGGCAUAUAGGGAUCAACGUGCUCCUCUUGCAGCCACUCACAAGGGUGCUCUGGGCAUAUCUAUCUUACUGUGCAGUCAAAGUCUGGGAGGUUUGUACCUUUUAGAAUGAGUGUGAGAGAGAAAAAAAAUGCAAAAUGUUUCUUCAAGAGGCAGGCCUGAAGGGGCUGACUGUUGUGUCACUGUAAUUUGCUUCCUUUUGCACACUGAAGCAACUGAAAUCUGUGACGGAGGCCCUGCUUGUUCAGGGCUCCAUCUUGCACUGGCGAGGUGUGGCCUACUAAAGGAAAGAGGAAGAGUAUUUGCAAUGCAGUUGAUAAUCAUCCUGGCCCUUGACAGCAUAGUGUUAACGAAAAAUAAACAUAGUGUGGGUGCUACGAUGUUUCACAACCACCACUAUUGGGGGGGGGGGGGGGGCUCGUGUAAAUGAAAGCCAUUGAUGUAGGUGUGCUACCUCCAUGGCCUGAGAUUGAACGGAGCACUGUGCUCACUGGUGACACACUCUGAACCACAGAACAACACCUUGAUAAAGCCACCCAGCAUACAUGUGCAAUGUCAAAUCCAAUCUCCAUAAUGAGUACAUAUUGAUGUACAAAUAUUUAAUUUAUGGAAAUAUUAUGGCUAGAUAGAAAGUAGAAAAUGGACUCCCAAGACGUUCUAUUUAUCUCUGAGCAAGCUCUUGAUUAGAUCUGUGUGGUGGGUAAAAACAACACAAACACAAGAGAAAUAUGCAAAAUGACCAGUCAAGAGGAAACCCCUCACUGUGGAUCCAUCCCUCACUCUGCUCCUGCCCUGGGGUCUUAGGCUACAAUUACCUCAGCACAUACAGCACAGCAGUGUAUCAGUACAGUAACAUAGUAGAGGAAUUACUGUAUCACAGAUUGUUUUUAUUUAGUGGGGGGGGCUAACUUAGUAGGGGAUCUGUCUUAUUCACUUCCAUCUUAAAACUGCCUUUUUUGCCACUGAGUUUUCAAAUGAUUGCCAGACACGCAGUGCUGUGGCCAAACUGUACAUAGUGCUGUAAGUGUUUGUGAUCUUACAUUGUGGACGCUAGAGCCAGUGUUGUCAUCCUAUGUGUUUCCCUAUUGCCCCGGGUCAACACAGAGUGAUGGGUUGAUGGAUCGAGCCUCUGUCGAGAUGACUGCUGGAUAUUGUAACGUCGCAUGCCACAACACAUCUGCUAUAUGGUUUUGUGAAGAAGAAGAUUGUGACAGUUAUGCAUUUCUAAUAUAGACAAGGGACAGUUAAAUGUAUCUGUACAAAGGGAGUAAGAGAUGAGAUGACAUAGUAAAGAUCUUGCUAAAUACGACUCCCUCCUCUGUUUGCACCCUUUGGGGUUUGCUCUGUAGUUUCUCAUAGACGGCUACAUACGUUAAGAAAACAUACUGUAAAAAUAGGCAAAGACAAUCUUGGAAAGGUGCAACUUGCUCACGGUUUGAUUUCCAUUCCUUUUCUGUGUGCAGCUAUUGCAUGCAGUGCGUCUUGGAGAUGACAAGAGUAUUUUAGCCAUAAUCAGAGGAUUCUUACUCAAACUUCUGACUCCUCAAGAGCGGUUGGAGCACUCAUAGUGGCCCCACUGUCGAUACACAUUUUUAUCUGAUUUCUAUUUUUAUUAUUCAUUUUGUUAUUAUUUUAUAUAUAUUUUGUAGUGCAAGUAAGUGGUCUUUUCAAAUAAUAUUUUGUACAAAAACCAACAUCUCAAGUGAAGUUACUCUGUAUGCCUAUACUGUACAUUCCAAACAAGGAUGUCAACACGUUUAACAACCGACCUGACCAGCAUCCCGUUUAGUGAUGUGACCUCCGACCAGAGGGAGUGCCCUCUGUUAAGAUUAGCAUUGUUGACCUUGUGAAUAGCGUCAAACAUGUUGUUGAUUGGAGCCAUGAUUAUUUUCCUGCUUAGGGCCAACAAGACUUUACAUGCCAGGGAAUGUGCCAACCAAGCACAGACCAAGUCUACGCCCUUAACCAUGCCCUUCAUGAAACUCCAACUCCCAGACUACUGUAUGCAUCUCUACUCCGGGGAAUGCUAUGUGGUAGUGUCAGCACUUCAGUGGUGGGGAAGUGUUUUGAGUGACGAGCAGGGGUAUUUUGCUGUGGGAAAUGUGUGAUUCCCUUUAUCAUACCGUUUUUAGCUCCAGCUGACAUUGGAACUCAUUGACUUUACAAAUGACGCCCCCAAUAGCGACGGUUCCAUUCGGACAGGUGCAGUUGUGGUGCUGGUCAGGGUACCGUGAAUGAAUACACGCUUUAAAAAAAAAAAUAUCUGCUUUGGUCAGAUGUACAGCUCGACACAACAACAAAAAACAAUAGAAGAAGAAAAAAGUUUAUUUUUCUAUCAGGGCAGUGUACAGCUACAGUCAAAUCAAAAUGGUUUUUCCAACCAUAGUCUGUUUUAUUUAAUAAUUUGGUGGUGCUUUAGAUUCCUUGGUUCUGUUUUAGGUUUUCCUCUUUACCUACUGUACCAGAAGCUGAUUGUCUUUUUCUCAGUUUUGAUUUGUACCUAAUACCAAUGUGAAACUGUAUUUUCCUCCUGAGUUUGGACUCAGUGGAAGUGUGAUGUUUACAUGUACAGAUUUGUUUUUGUAAUUUUAUUUAAUUUGGUCAUUUCUCUCCUCCUCCCCACUCUAAUAUCUUGUACAUUGAUGGGAAAUGGGACCGUGUCGAAAUAAGGUUAAUGUCACAUUUAGAAACUGGUUGUUGGGAGAGCUGUGUGCUUGGCUUAAGGAAUGCCCUCUCCUUAGCUGACCUGAUACACACAAACCAGGGGUCACAGUGAACUGACGCUCUGGUGUGACUACUUUACCAAUAUGAGAAUUUGUUCCACAGUGAAUGAUAAGCCAUUGACAUACCCUUUGCAGGGUUUUCUAGACUAUUAGUAUAUUUAGCGCGAAAAAAACUAAACUGCAGACAAAAACCUCAGGAAAGGACAUCACUUUUGUAACAUGUCUUACUGAAGGGCCCAUUUCCCUCUUUGAUACCAUAUAAAUUAUAUAAAAAAUAAGUAUUCUUUUUUUAUAUUUAUUGUGUUAAAUAUAUAACAGUGGAUACCUUUUUUCCAGUACAUGUGGCUAAAUAUUUGAAUUCUUUAGAAAAUUGUUGAUAAUAUAUGUAAAGCAACUUAAAGAAUGAAAAAAACGUGAAAAAAACGAUUUCUGUUUGUUUAAUGCGAAACAGCAUGGGUGGUUAUUUUACCUAACAUAUCACUUUGAUUCAUGAAAAACCAAUGAUUUCAAAUUAAGCUUUCUUCGGUGUGAUGUCACUGCUAAGGUAAAAUGUUUUCAAAUUUAAAAAUGACUUUUUUUUCUCCCAAGCUGUAUGUCACAAGUCUAAAUAUACUAAUAAAACAGUGUUCUAUCAAA